AUUAUGCUGACUCUGGCCAGUAAGUAGGUCGUGCAAACAGGACAGGUAGGGCAAGAUCCCAUCUCCGCAACACAAGUCAAGCGUUGCUGCUGCCAGUGUCUCCAGCCCCCAGAAAUAGGAGUCAACAAAGAAGAGAAACAUGCUACUAUCGGGACUUUUCUGCGUCCUUGUAGCGACAUUUACUACAGUUGUACAGGGGAACUAUUUUGUCGUGAGCCCUAAUGUAUUCCGACCUAAUGCAGACUUCAAAGUUGAAGUCACCUACACUGGAUCUGGUACAGUGACAGCACAAGCUACCAUUGGCAUCAAUGGCCAGCCUACCCUUGCAGCAAGCACUGAACAGUCCCUGACCAAUGGUCAAGGUCUUCUGUCUCUGCUGAUCCCAGCAGAGGUGGCUAAGGGCACCUACCAGCUGACUGUGGUGGGCAAGAUGAAUGGAGUGGAGGUGUUCCGGAACUCCACAGGCGUACGCUUGGUGAUGGAGAACAACCUUGUCUUUAUCCAGACCGACAAGGCUUUAUACAAGCCUAGCCAGUCAGUACGUUUUCGUAUCGUGUCCUUGGACCAAGAAUUGAAGCCAAUUGCUCAGACUAUUAAAACAGACAUCUCAGUUGUGGAUGGCAAUAACAACAAGCUGGAGGAGUGGCUUGCAGUGGAGAGUAUGUCAGGUGUUAUCGAGAAGUCCUAUGAGCUGUCUGACCAGCCCCCUCUUGGGAAAUGGAAGAUCAUGGCCAGGAAUGAGUUUGGAGAAAACACAAAGGAAUUCACAGUGGAGAAGUAUGUGCUGCCCAAGUUUGAAGUGAGUGUGGAGGCUCUUCCAGACUACAUUGUGAACGGGGAAACAACAGAGUUCAACCUCAAGGUCACAUCCAAGUACACUUAUGGCAAGCCUGUGAACGGCAAGGCCACCUUCAUCUUCGGUGAUGGGCAGGUUGUCAAGGAGACCACAUUGAACACUGGUGAAGACGGGGUGCACACCGAGAAGGUCAUGAUGAAAGAAGUAGCAACAGCCAAAACUUACCGCAGUCUGAAGGUGGUGGUUAACGUGACGGAGGAACCGGCUAUGGUAACGGAGGCCUCCAACCAGCUGGAGAUCCCUGUGUACAACCAGCGCAUCAAGAUGGAGUUCCUUCCCAGCUCCUCCCAGGUCUACCGGUCAGGUCUGCCCGUGCAACUCCAGCUCAAGGUGACUAAUCUUGUGGACAAGACUCCAGCUCAUGUUGGAAAACAGCUCGAAGUGUCUGCAUAUUUGACAGAGAACGUGAAGAAAACCCUUACCAUUGACACCCAAGGAAUGGUCACCACAGAUUUCGACAUUCCUGCCAAGUUUGAUCGCGAUAUUUAUUUCUCGGCUUCGAUUGUUGGUGAGAGUAGGAUGAGCGCCUCUCACCACGUUGAAGCUUACAGAACCAAGCUGAACACGGUCCUGUCUGUAGAAGUGUCAACUGAUCAGGCAAUUGAGGCUGGCGCUGACUUUGACAUUUCUAUCAAGUCCACAGGCACACUGAGACAUGUGGCCUACAUGGUGCUUGCUCGAGGUGUCAUAGUUGAUGGCGGCAAGGUGGACAUGACUGGGAUGACCAUUCAACACACCCUCACGGCCACUAGACUCAUGGCACCGAUGGCCAAGGUCAUUGUGUAUGGUGUUGUCGACAAUGGGACAAUGUCAGAGGUCAUAGCUGAUUCCAAAGACAUUGAAGUGUUUAGCGUCUUUGAUAAUGAGGUACAACUGCGGUUCUCCGCUGAAGAGAAGAGAGCUGGUACAACUGUUGAUCUGACCAUCUCCUCUGCCCCCAACAGUAUAUACUACCUUCUGGCAGUGGACAAGAGUGUCCUCCUCCUGGGUACUGGCAAUGACAUCACGCAGAGUGACGUGGUCGAUGGUAUUCGCAAGUUCAGCCUGGAGGAGUCGCGCAGUUUGAACACAGAGGAGCCCCAUUUGAUGGGUGAUGUGAUAAUGCCCCGGGGGGGAGGGGACUCGGACCUACCCACCAGUGCUGGCGAAGUGCUCAAGAAGCAAGGACUGAUGUACAUGACGGACGUAGUGGUAGAAGAGGAGGAGGCUCCAGUCCCCGAUGUAUAUUACUAUGAUGACAUGGAUGGGGAUGUGUUUGACGACUAUAUGAGUCUAGACAGCGGCAUGCCAGAAAUUGCACAGGCAGCAGGACCUGGAGUUGGAGCUGGAGCUAAACCAAAGUAUGCUGAGGUUGGACGCACACGCAAGUUCUUCCCUGAGGCCUGGCUUUGGAAGAAUGGGACGUUAAGUGAUCCUGGUACAGUAACUAUCUCUGAGACGGUGCCUGACACAAUCACGACAUGGGUGGCAACAGCUUUUGCUAUCAGUCCUGAGAAGGGGCUCAGUAUCACCUCACAAAGCUCCAAGAUAAAAACAUUCCAGCCAUUCUUUGUGUCUGUGGCUCUGCCAUAUGCAAUGAAGAAAGGUGAGAACUUCCAGAUGAGGGUGACCAUCUUCAACUACAUGAACCAGAGCACUCCAGUGAAAGUUACCCUGAAGAAAUCAGAUGACUUUGGAGUGGUUGAGUCCGUUGGAGGAGUAGAAUCUGCAGUAUCUAAGGAAGUUGUGACAGAAGUUCAGGUCGAAAAGAAUGUCCCAAAGGGCGUCGUCUUCUGGAUUUCUGCCAAGAAACUUGGUCCAAUCAAAAUAAGUCUGGUGGCGCAGCCCGAUGCUUCAACUGGAGAGAAAGGGGACAGCAUUGUGAAGGUCGUGGAGGUCAAGCCUCCCGGUAUUGUACAUAGAAAGGUCCAAGGCGAGACUGUGGAACUGGAUACUGAUACCACGCAAUACAACAAAACACUUCUCCUCCCAUUCCCAGCAGACGUUGUUGACGGGUCAAAGAGGAUAGAGGUCAAGGUCACAGGUGAUGUGAUGGGGCCAACAGUGGAAGGGCUGGAGAAGCUGAUCAGGAUGCCAACAGGGUGUGGAGAACAAAACAUGAUCACCUUGGUGCCCAAUAUUGUGGUCUACAAGUACCUGAAUGCUGUCAACAGAAUGACUAAUGAGAUUGAGGAUAAGGCUGUCAAGAACAUGAAGUAUGGUUACCAGCGUGAGCUCACCUACAUGAGAGAUGAUGGUUCCUUCAGCGCCUUUGGACAAAGUGACCCCAGCGGCAGUAUCUGGCUGACAGCAUUUGUGAUGAAGUGCUUCUCCCAGGCACGUGGUCAAAUCACAGUAGAUGGGAAAGUGAUGAGUAAAGCGUUUGCUUGGAUCAAAACAGGCCAGAACAAUGAUGGAACGUUCAGAGUCGUGGGCAAAGUCAUCCACAAGGAGAUGCUGGGCGGGUCAUCAGCCGGCAAGUCUCUCACAGCCUUUAUCUACAUAGCGCUGAAGGAGAGUGAGAGUUUCCUGGCAGAAACGGACAAAUCUUCCCUGACCAAGGCUGUCAGCUACCUGGAAGGCCUGGUCAACAAGAACGAGCUGACGACCACGUACGAGAUGGCCAUUGUAGCGUAUGCUCUGAAGCUUGCUGGCAGUAGUCUUGCAGAUGGAGUGCUGCAGAAACUGGAAGGCCGUACAAAGCCAUGGGAGAAGACGGUUGAGCCUGUGAAUUCUGGUGAUGAAAAGGUAGCCCGUCACAUGAUGUACCGCCCCCCAGACGCCAGUGCCAGUGACAUCGAGACCUGGUCAUACGUUCUUCUGGCCUACGCUCACGGACAGGAUAUUGCCCUGGGCAGACCCAUCAUGAAGUGGCUCCUGACUCAGCAGAAUGGCCAAGGAGGAUUCCGCUCAACUCAGGACACAGUGCUCGGACUGCAAGCCCUGGCAGAGUAUGCAGCCCUGGUGUACACGUCCCCUCAGACUGACAUCACACUGAUGGUCAAGGCCAACACUCCGUCCGGCAUCCAGACCGAGACUCUCCUGGUCAAGAAGAAUAAACUGUUGUGGCUGCAGUCCUAUGUGUGUCCAGAAGACACCACAUCCCUUGAACUGACCGCCACUGGAUCAGGCUUGGCUGUUGUCAAGAUUCUGUGGCAGUACAACACGAUGUACAGUGUUGAGAAGAAUGAUUCCAAACAGAUUGAUGUGUCCAUUGUGACCUACAAGCUCAAUGAGGAGGUCUACAACCUGAAGGGAUGCUUCAGCUCAAAAGAGCGUAACCUGGGCAUGACAGUGAUGUCAUUUGAGAUGCCAACAAUGACCUCACUGGCAAACGAAGACUCAUUGCGUGGAAACAAGAUAAUCAAGCGUGUCGAUAAUGACGGUGAUGAAGUUCAUCUCUAUUUUGAUGAGUCCUACCCGGAGGCGCAGUGUGUGGACGUCCAUGUCCAGAGAGAUGCCCCCGUGGCCAACCUGCAGGCAGCCGCCAUGAAGGCAGUCGUCUACUACCAGCCAGAGCUGGAGAAGGAAGUUCUGUACACACUUGAUGAAGUCAAAGAUGUCUGCAGCAUGUGCGGCACAUCCUGUCCUCCCAGCUGCAACACCAACGCCGCAAGCAUCAAGAGACUCCACAGUUUCCUCCUUGCAGGCAUCAUCUGCCUCCUGCUCAGCCUCAUUCUGGCCCUGUAACCAUGGAAACAACUCAGUGACUCAUGACAACGAGACAGCAAAGGAUGCACUUGAUGAUGAAAUUGAUAAAUUCUGAAAAUUUUGUGACCACGAUUGAUUUUAUUCAUGUUUGCAUUUAGUAUGUGCUCCCUAUGUUGAGAUUCUGACAGGGUAGAUGCUGUUGAUAUUACUUCUUGGCAGAGGCACUGUAAAUAUUCCUUUUCUGUCGACCACAAUGUAAUCUUUUUGCAAAAUAUAUUUCUAACCUUGAAAUUGUUAUGCCUGCAUGCAUAAGAUAGUUGAUAUGGGCCAAAUAUGAAAACGAAUUGGGUUUUUUUUAUUCAUUAUGUAGGCUAGGUGGCUGUAAAUAUUGGUCAAUAUAUUGAUACAUUAUUAGGGGGGAAAUUCAAAUUUGUUUUGUUUUUUUACUUGAACUGCUGUAUAUUGCUUAAGAGAAUUGAAAGUAAUCAGAAAUUUAACCAUGACAUUUUUAUGUACCACCGGUUUGAAUUUGUUUCGGUUUAACAAACAAAUUAUCUGUUAUUGGUUUGGAGAUCAAACUUCACUGUGGCUUCUCAACAUCAGAGCAGCUGAUGUCUUCAAAGAAAACAUGAUGACCUUUGAAUUUAUACCUCUUCACUUUUCAAUGUUAUAGAUGAAUAUGUGUUCACCAUCAAACACACAUAGUUACAAACCACAUAUUUUAGAACGUUUACAAAACUCAGAUGUCAGUUUUAGAGUGAGAGUAUUAUCAAUUCUUACAUUGAAAUUCUUGCCCUUAAAGACAUGCAUUCAUACCCGACAUGAAAUUAUGUUAAUACAGACAUACUGUUUGAUCAAUAGGCAAAGUCUGAAAGGAAGCGUUUUAUUUGCAGUUUUUUAUUCGUAAGCAGUAAGUAAUAAUAUGCAAUAUUCAACCAUUCCAUGAAGACUGUGAUUCAAUAUGUUCACUCUGAUGGACAUAUGUUUUUGAUAUAUAUUUGUAAAUAUUUUUCUCUAUAUUUUGGAUAUGGUAAUGGACUUUAUACAAGGAUCCGGGUACGGAUACUAUGAUCAUGUGUACUUUGUGUUCAGGCUGCCCUGACGAGGAUGGGGAUUACCAUGUUAUAGUGCAGGUCACAACUCGGGAUGGUGCUCCUUGACAUUGCUGUCAUACUUGUCUGUCUGAAAAUAUCAAAGCAUAAUAAUUGCUUACGUUUGUGUCUUCAUGAAAUAUUACUUGGGUCAUUAUUAAUUAAUUAUGGCAUUAUGGUCUCCAAUCAAUUAUUGCAACUCUCCAAUAAAAAUAUUAACAUUUGGUCCCAUCUCAGAAUCCAUCUAUUAAUUUUUGGACAUUAUCAUUAAAAUCUAAAGAUUGAUUUAUUGUAGCCCUGUCAUAACUAUUUUGGUCACAUUGUUCAAUAACUAUUGUGGUCAUGGUAGUGUAUGUGUAUAACAAUGUGUCUCUUGAACUGGUUGUGCUUUAUUUAUUGGUAAACAAACCUGAAACUCCUUUGUCAUCAGUGAAUUGGCAUGUGUUCCCUAUGCUGUACCCUUCCCAACACUAGCUCAAGAUAUCCUUUUUAACCAAUCUCAUUAAAAUCAGAUCUUAGUUCUCGCUAUCGCUAAACAAGGAUCUGAGGACAUCCCAUUAAGGGUCGCGUCUGAACGACCUUUUAUCCAACCAAUCAGAACGUCGCUUACCAGAUC